AUUUAUGGGUAGCGAGUCAUAUUGGUGUCGUUGUUCCUGGAAUUGCCGUUACGUUGUCUCCAUUACCGGUGACUCCACUCUUAGAGCUUUCAUCGUCGUUACUGGCGUUGUCGUUUCUAGAGCUGCAAGUAUUGCUGUUAGUGCCACAGCUACUUUUGUUGUUUUUGGUAUCUUCGUUACUGGAGUUUUGUUUGUUAGUCUUCGUUAG